UGUGUAUGUGUUGCAGAUGGCGACAGUUACUGUUAAAAAGGAGGAGGAUGAUGAUAGCAGCCAGCAACCAGCUGCAGUGGAAGAUGAUUGCAGCCAACAAAAUUAUCUAAUCCCUGGCUACAACAUGAUCUUCAUCAAAGAGGAGGCAUAUGACGAUCAAGAGGCUGAAGGAAGUGCAGUGAAGAGUGAACCAGAAAUAUGGCCUUCAAACUGCAGCACAUCUGGCCGAGACUAUGCAACAGAAGUGGGUGGACUGAAUGAGCAUUCAAUCUCUCCAGUGGAAAAGUGCACUGAGUCAUCUGUGGCUGGCAAAAAGACCAAGCUCUACAGCUGUGCUCACUGUAGCUUUAUAACACCAUGGUUCAGUCAUUUGAAAAACACACUGGAGAAAAACCAUUCAACUGCAAGUUUUGUGACUACAAAAGUGAUCGGUUAGGUAAUUUGAAAACACAUAUCAGAACACAUACUGGAGAAAAACCUUUCAGCUGCAAGUUUUGUGAAUAUAAAUGUGCUGAUUCAAGUAGUUUAAAAAAACAUAUCAGAACUCAUACAGGAGAAAAACCUUUCAGCUGCGAGUUUUGUGACUUCAAAAGUGCUCAUUUAGGUGAUUU